AUGGCGCGUUCCCCGGCCCGGCCCUGGGGCCCCCUGUGGGUCCUGCCCCUGCUGCUCCUGGCGCCCCACGGGGCCCUCGGCUUCUUCCCCAACUUCUGGUCGCGGGCCAUGGCCCUGGCCUGGGGCUCCGCCACCCACCAGGACCUGACGGAGGACGCGCUGCUCAACGCCACCCUGGAGCUUCUCCGGGACCUGCCGCCCCCCCGCGGCCGGCGCCCCGCCUGGGAGCAGCUCCAGGGCCGGCCCCUGCUGGCGGACGAGGUGUUCGCGGCGUAUUACGGCCCCGGGGCGUCGGCCCGGCGGUUCCGCGCGGCGCUGGCGGAGGUGGCCAACGCCAACGCGGCCCUGGACUUCCAGCCGGCGGCGCGGGACGACCCGGUGCUGCACUUCGACGGCGAGUUGCUGCGGCCGGCGGCCGCCUCCCUCCUGCGCGCCCGGCGCGAGGUGCUGCAGGCCCUGGGCGCCGAGCUCUACCCCCUGGCCCGCCGGCGCCUCGGCCAGCUGCUCCACUCGCUGCAGGAUUUCUACAGCCACAGUAACUGGGUCGAACUGGGCCACCGCGGGAUCCACCCGGACCUGCUCCAACCCGGCCGUGAGCUGGGCUCCAUCGCCGGAGCCGAUGUCCCGACCUGCCGCUCCUGCACCGGCUGGACCUGCGAGGGGAACCUCCUGGGCUCGCUCCGGCAGCGCGGGCUGCUGACCAGCGGCUAUUUCGGCUCCGAGCCGGGGAAACCGCCCGGGAAGUGCAGCCACGGGGGGCAGCUCGACAGCAGCCGCCUGCGGGACCCCCAAGGGGGGAUAAACAAGGACAGUUCGUCCCCCCUCUUCUCCCCCCACCACUAUCUGCACGGCCCGGCGGCCGGCCUGGCCCGCGAGGCCUCGGCCCGGUUCCUGCGCGACCUGCGGCGGGACCUGGCCCACGACAAGCGAUUCAUGAGGCUGCUGGACGCCAGCCCCGGCGUGGGGCUCAGCUUGGUGCUGGACACCACGGGCAGCAUGGGCGAGGAGAUCGGCGCCGCCCGGCUCCAGGCCCGCGACAUCCUCACCCGCCGGCUGGGGGGGCCCGAGGAGCCCGACUCCUACCUGCUGGUCCCCUUCCACGACCCCGGCUUCGGGCCCGUGCACAAGACGAGCGACGCCGACGAGUUCCUGAGGGUCCUGAAUUCGAUCAGCCCCCUGGGCGGGGGUGACGAGCCUGAGAUGUGUCUGUCGGCGCUGCAGCUGGCCCUGCUGCACUCGCCCCCCAUGUCUGAGAUCUUCGUCUUCACGGACGCCUCGGCGAAGGACGCCCACCUCCGGAGCAGCGUGGAGGCCCUGAUCCAGGAGCGCAGGUGCAAGGUGACUUUCCUGAUCACGGAGGACCCCUCCAGGACGCGGGUGAGGCGGGAGGUGCUGGCCCCUGACCGCUUUGACCUGUAUGUGGACCUGGCCCGCAGCUCCGGCGGCCAGAUCAUCUUCACCGACAACGCCAACAUCCGGCAGGUGGCGGGCGUCAUCGGCGAGACCACUUCUUCCUCGGUGACCCUGUUCCAGUACCAGAGAGGGGGCAGCUCGGGCCCCGGGGGGCUGGGCCGGAGGGGGCGGAGGAAACGGGCCGCCUGGGAGAGCCACCGCUUCUGGAUCGACAGCCGGGUGGACGGGGCCAUCGUGACCGUCCAGGGGGCCGUCGGCACCUUCCGGCUCCGGGACCCCAGCGGUGAGUCCAGGGGGAGACGCCCCCACCCGAUCGGGGGCAGGGAUCCGCGUGUCCCGGCCUCUGCCCACCUGCCCCUUCGCCCCACAGGGACCUCCCAGAGCUCGGACGCCGCCAGCGGCCCCCUGGGCACCGGCCGGCGAUUCGGGACUUUCCACCGGCUCGAGCUCUCGCCCCGGCCGCCCGUCGGCCUCUGGACCCUGGAGGUGCAGGCGCAGGGCAACUACUCGGUGCACGUGCGAGGCAACAGCUCGCUGGAUUUCCUGUCUUACUUCGCUGUCCCGGCCAAGGGGCCCCACCCAGGACUCUUCAAGCUGGACAGUCGCCCGGUGAGAGGGCUGCCGCUGUGGCUGGUCCUGGCCGUGACGGGGCUGACCCGGCCGGGCGGGGGCUCGGUCCGGAUGGAGGCGGUGGAGCUGGUGGACCCCCUCACGGGCCGGCGGCUGGGCGGGGAGCUGCCGCUCCAGGAAGUGGCCAAGGGGACGGGGCUUUACGCCGCCGCCCUGCCCCCGGCCCUGCCCCGGGGGGGCUUCGCGCUGAUCCUGCGAGGGUCCGACAGCCGGGGCCGGCGCGUGGAGAGACCAGCCCCCCAGGUCACCUCGGCCGUGGGGUUCCUGCUGCAGCUGAGCAGCGCCGGGCCCCUGUUCCCGGGGCAGACGGGCACCGUCGCCUGGUGGGUCUGGAACCCCGAGGAGCCCCAGGAGCUGGGCCUGGCCGUGAGCAGCGACCCCGGCUACCCCGUCAGCACCUCCAGCCCACGGCUGCAGCUGGGCAGGAACCAGACGGCGACGGGCGUCAUCUUGCUGCAGGUGCCUGGCAGCGCCCCCCCCGGGUCGGCUGUCACCGUCACCCUCCGCGCCGACCCCCUUUCCCCGGCCGGGGACGCCAACUUCGCCUUCAUCCAGCUCCUGGUGCUGCACCAGCCACCGGAAGUGAUGUCAUCGGGAGGCUCCCAGAUGACAGGAAGCCAGGAGUGUGACAUCAUGGGGUGGUUGUGUCAGGCUGUGUGUGUGUCCAUAAGAAAGGCCGUGACCUCGGAGGGUGGGGCAGGGUUGGACUUGACUAUGAAACAACCACACGGGUUGGAGGAAGAAGGGACAGGAAGUGAAGAAAUCAGUGACAUCAUCAGAAAAAGCAAGGAGGAGGAAGUGACGCCUACAGGCUCUGAAGAGGAAGUGAUGUCAGCAGAAUCUGACGAUGAUGUAAUACCAUCAGGAGCGUGA